UUUUUUUUUUUUUUUUUCUUUUUUUUUUUUCUCUUUUUUUUUUUUCCAACAAGAACAACAAAUCGUCCGAAAAACAAUGCGCUUCGAGCACCUCUCAGAAUCCACUGUUAUCGAUUCUCCCUUUCCAUGGUUCUCUUUACUUAAAGAGAACACACAUGCACAUAAUACACACAAAACCGAUGAACUCUUCUCUGAUAGUUAUAAGGGUAAAUAAUUGAAAAUUGUUACGUGAUGAUGCUUUCAGAUUUCAUUGGCGCACCACAUUAGAAUUAUUACGUGCUUUGGCAAAAUAAUUAUAGAGCUGAUUUUGUAGAUUAUCAAAUUAUCGUUUCUUGUAUCCUCUUUAAAAAAAAAAAAAAAAAAAAAAGAAAAAAAAAAGAAAAAAAAAAGAAAAAAAAAAAGAAAAAAGAAAAAAAAAGGAAAGAAAAAAAGAAGAAGAGGUGUGGUGGUGGAGGAAGAGGUGGAGAAGGUGAAGGAAGAAGAAGAAACGAAAUGGUAAAAAAAAAAAAAAAAAAAAAAAAAAAGAAAAAAAAAGUACUAUUCUUUCCCAUUAUCCUGAUGACAUAAAAGCGAUGACGUUCGAUUCUCUAAACACUUGGAAUUUGUACGAAAGCAGCGAAUAUAUAUAUAUAUAUAUAUAUAUAUAUAUAUAUAUAUAUAUAUAUACAUACAGCUUUUUCUUAUUUAGCGAAUCGAAGAUCUUAAAGUUUAACAAUGAAACGCUCAAAAGAGACAGACAUAGUGAAAAGCGACUGUGAUUGUGUGUGUGUGUGUGUGAAAGAGAGAGAGAGAGAGAGAAAGAGUGAACGAGCGAGAGAGAUAGAGAGAGAAAGAGAGAAAAAGUGAACGAGCGAGAGAGAGAGAGAGAGAGAGAGAGAGAGAGAGAGAGAGAGAGAAAGAGAAAGAGAAAGAAAGAAAAAAGAGAGUCAAAUCGAAAAAAUCGACUACGAUCAUAGAAAGAAAAAAAGAAAAAAAGCUACAAAAAAGAAGAAAAAAUACAAAAAAAUAAAUAAAAAUAAAAAAAGGAAAUAAAAAGAGAAAGGAGAAGGAGGUGUAGGAGGAGGAGGAGGAGGAGGAAAAGAAACAAAUUUUGCUGUUAGCUGAAAAUGUAUUUGUGUAACAUUGCAAAAGCCGAAAAUGACCCUGAAUGAUAAUGAUAAUGAUGAUAAUCAUAAUAAUGAUGAUAAUAAUGAUGAUGAUGAUAAUGAUGAUGGUGAUGAUGAUAAUGAUAAUGGUGAUGGUGUUAAUGAUGAUGAUGAUGAAGAUGAUGAUAAUGAUGAUGAUGAUGAUAUGAUGAUGAUGAUGAUGAUAAUGAUAAUGAUGAUGAUGAUGAUGAUGAUGAUAAUGAGCGACAUCGCGUGAUCACUAUUAUAUUCUAAUAUAAAACAUACUGUAUACAAAACUUUUUGUAACAACGGAACGUAAAAAAUAUUUAAGGAUUUUGCAAAGAGGAAGGGAAUUUCAAAGAGGAUCGCGUUACUCUAAGGAGCACCCUACGAACGAUACUCACAGAGAAUCAUUGGAUGAAAUAAUUCAACAAUCAUACAUAUCGACGAGUGAAUAUUACGACAAGCAAAAGAACAGUUUUGGAUCUUCGACGAUCUCUAAUGGAUUAGAUCAAUCUGACAAAGAGAAUAGAUCGAUAAUGGAACAAUCAAAUACGUGGAAGCAAGAAAAGUCAGGUGAUUGGAAGUACGAGAAGGAAGAACUAUGGAAAACGAUAGAACAAUCCUUGAAUGAUAAGAAAUCGAUUAUUCAAGAUGUUCCUAUAAAUACGGAUACCAAAUAUAGAAAUCUUUAUAGCAUUCCUAAUUACAAUCAAUAUGAUAAUACUAAUUAUACGGAAACAAAUGACGAUUGCGAUCUUAACGAGUGUUCUAAUGGUAUUAUAAUUAAUAAAAAACCAAAGACACUUUUAUUGAAUAUAAGAGAAUAUUUAGCAAAUUAUCAAGAAUCUAAUGGUAUUCCACGUACAGAAUAUGCUUUUACGGAUCUUGUUAAGGUCAUGGGUCAAGCAACAGGUCGAUCAUUGAUUGCUCUUCUUUAUAUCAUCGUUAAUACUGCACCAAUUGUCGAAAUAUUUCUCUAUAUCCUACGAUUCAUACUGGACAAAUUGAUCUACAUAAAGAACACUAAUGACAUACGUCAAAUGAUGAUCAAAUACGUGAUACUUGGGAUACAAUUGUUAAGCAUUUACGUUUGUUUAACGUUUAUAUUCGGUUUGAUUGUUUUGCCAAUUGUAUACAUGGUACUUCAUAUAGUAGCAAAAAUUUUAUCGUAUAACUAUUGAUUAAAGAGAAAGAGGGAGAAAGAAAGAAAGAGAGAGAGAAAGAGAUAAAGAGAGAAGCAUAUCAGAAUAUGUGAUAUCUUUGUUGUGUUUGAUGUUCUGUAAUUAAAUAUAUACAUAUAUACAUACAUACAUACAUAUAUAUAUAUAUAUAUAUAUAUAUAUAUAUAUAUAUAUGUAUAUAUGUAUGUAUGCAUAUACUGUAAUUUUUUUUUCUCUCGAUAUACAAUUAUUUUUAUUCCCUUUAUGUUUAAUAACAUGCCAAUUAAUUUAACGAAGAAUAAUAAUAAAGGUCUAACAAAAAAUAUUUCUAACACGAAUGACAAAAUGACAAUGAAAGAGCAUAUUAAUUUGUUAUCGCCGAUAAUUUGUACGAAUAUCUGAACAUUGUUCGACUGUUUUAUUUGAUUGUCUCAUGUGUUUUGCACUUUGCAAAACGUUCGAAUGAAAAAUAAAGAAAAAAUAAAUAAAAUAAAAUAA